CGCAUCGAGUGGGACCUCCAAGCGAGUCUUGUGCUUACUUAAGUAGUGUACUAUCGCAUUCUUAACUCAGCUUCAGCCUUCGGUUCUGAUCCUGAAGAUAGCAUGGUUCCCUGUCUCGAAGCUCUAUGUCGAGAACUUCUCGACAAGAUCUGUGAGGAGGUUUGGUACAUAGAUUCAAAAGACAAGUCGCACAGAUCUCUCAUUGCGCUCGCACAAACCUGCAAAGCGCUUCAUGAUCCUGCACUUGAUGUGUACUAUGCAGAAGUUACGGGUGUCAAGGCACUUUUCAUGAUGCUUCCCCGCGAAUGUUGGAUGAUUGAAGGCGAAGUCCUGAAUCUUACUAGGAUGUUGCAAUUGAUUGACUGGGAAAGCUUCGAGCGGAACUCGCACCGCGUGCGAUCGUUCAUCCAGCCCAACGAGCCACUCGAAGUUCAUGAUGAAGCACUCAAAGCUGCCUGCUAUUGUCCUCACGGUCCUCUUCUACCUAACUUACAACGUUUGCUCUGGACAAACAUCGACAUAUUUCCUGGAGACUUCGUUCGCCUCCUCCUCGGCCACAAUCUCAUCGAGGUUCACCUUUUCGGCAUCUCGAAGGCUUUUUACCCUAUCAUAUCCGUCAUGGGUGUUACAUGUAGUAGUUUGGAGGGUUUUUUGGUCAACUUGGAACGAGACGAGGACGCGGAAGCUCUUAGAGGUGUCGUUGAAGAAGUCCUACCUCGGAUACCCCGACUCGAGAGUCUAUAUCUGGGAUUUCCGAGUUCUCCGUCGUUACUCCAGAAGGCUGAAGGGCUUCCUCACCUGCGAGAGCUGACCAUCGAGUCGCUCGUCGACUCCGAUCUCAUCACAACUAAUCAAAAUCACAACUUUUCCUUCCCAGGCCUUCGCAGGUUGCGUAUUUGCCAUUCCCCUCUCAACGACACUGCCAAGACGCUCGAUCGCAUUGGACCCUGGCCUACAGUCAGCGAGUUCGCGUGCUAUGUCUCCACAUCGGACUCGGCGGCAGAACUUAAACAAAUCAUACAAUCCGUCUCGUCUAACUUCUCCCCCAACCAUCUGUCUUCUAUGGUCUUGAAGGCACAGCGCUCCUCCACGACCCCCCUCGAUGAUCCCACACAACUUCCACCUGUAUCGAUGCAGUCACUUCAGCCACUCUUUUCCUACGUCAGUCUGCAAGAACUCGUCAUCCGUACGGGCGUUCCCUUAUCCCUGAGCGAUGGUGACAUCAAAUCCAUCGCAUCUUCGUUCCCUAAACUCUGCGUCUUCAACCUCGGCGGUGGCAGUAUCAUGCAUGCGCACAAGUGGCCAACGCUCCUGGGACUGGCAUAUUUGGUCGACAGCUGCCCCCUGCUAGAAGAAAUCCACCUUAGCGUCAAUGCGCUCAGGCGCCCUGAUCUUCCUCCGCCCAAGGCUGACUACGGUCGCAAUCGGAAGAUAACGACGCUGCACCUUGGAUGCUCUCCGAUUAAGGACUCCGUGUACGUCUCCUCGUUUGUCAGCUUGUUGUUACCCAAGCUGCGUUCUGUGAACACAGUCGACUUCUCCGAUGGUUUGGUAGAACAAGUUGCCGAGAGGUUCAGUGAAGAGUGGAAAAUGGUAAACAAGUUUCUAACUGUAUUCCAGGGCAGGGAGAAGUAUAGUGAACGGUGGUCUAGUAACGCCCGGAAUGCUUCGUACAAGUAGAUGACGCCGCUUUGGCCUGGCGAUCUUGUAUAUCGAAUUAAACUUUGAAGUAGAAGGAAAGUGCUUUUAUUUUACGCGUGUCUAAUCCGCUCCAGGAUAAAUUCUCCCGUGACCGCUUUUUGUUGCAAC